UAGGCCAUAGGACACUGGCGGCGGAAGUGGCGAAGUCGGGAUCCGCGCUGCCGGCUGAAAUCGUAGGCCAGCGAAGAUGCUGCUGGAGUUGUCUGAGGAGCAUAAGGAGCACCUGGCCUUCCUGCCUCAAGUGGACAGCGCGGUGGUCGCCGAGUUUGGGAGGAUUGCUGUGGAAUUCCUGAGGCGCGGCGCAAACCCAAAAAUCUACGAAGGCGCCGCCAGAAAACUCAAUGUGAGUAGUGACACUGUCCAGCAUGGUGUGGAAGGAUUAACGUAUCUCCUCACUGAGAGCUCAAAGCUCAUGAUUUCUGAACUGGAUUUUCAAGACUCUGUUUUUGUUCUGGGAUUCUCUGAAGAAUUAAACAAAUUGUUGCUUCAGCUUUAUCUGGACAACAGAAAAGAGAUCAGAACUAUUCUCAGUGAACUGGCACCAAGUCUUCCCAGUUAUCAUAACCUUGAAUGGCGACUAGAUGUACAGCUUGCAAGUAGAAGUCUCAGGCAACAGAUUAAACCAGCAGUGACUAUAAAGCUACACCUUAAUCAAAAUGGAGAUCACAACACCAAAGUUCUACAAACAGACCCAGCCACUCUGCUCCAUUUGGUUCAACAACUGGAACAAGCAUUGGAAGAGGUGAAGACAAACCACUGUAGGAGAGUUGUUCGCAACAUCAAGUAGUGCCAAUUUUAAGGCCCAAGUGCUUGCUGCCAACAUGGGCAAAUUCAUGAAACCUGGGAAGGUGGUGCUUGUCCUGGCUGGAUGCUACUCUGGACGCAAAGCUGUCAUCAUGAACAUUGAUGAUGGCACCUCAGAUCGCCCCUGUAGCCUCACUCUGGUGGCUGGAAUUGACCACUAACCCUGUAAAGUGAUAGCUGCCAUGUGCAAGAAGAAGAUCGCCAACAGGUCAAAGAUCAAGUCUUUUAUGAAAGUUUAUAACUACAAUCACCUAAUGCCCACAAGGUACUCUGUGGAUAUCCUCCUGGACAAAACUGUCGUCAAUAAGGAUGUCUUCAGAGAUCCUGCUCUUAAAUGCAAGGCCUGACAAGAGGCCAAGGUCAAGUUUGAAGAGAGAUACAAAAUAGGCAAGAACAAGUGGUUCUUCCAGAAGCUGCGGUUUUAGAUGCUUUGUUUUGGUCAUUAAAAAAUAAAAA